UACAGGUAUGCAUCACGACGUCACCAGUGAGUUGUCGCCGGUAUUAGGCGACAAUGGUAUGCAUAUGAGGCGCUUCUUAGUGCCCAAAUGGCCGCAUGAAACUUGACCCUCACAGACGAUUUGUCUAUGGGCUGAAACAAGUCUUGACGAUACAAUGGACAUGCGUCUGUCUAUCUGAAUAUUUCUGAGUCAUGCGAACCUAGGUCCAAGUCCAAUGAGAUUGUCGACGACGUCUGGCCUAACCCUCAUCGACUAUAUCCUGGAGGCGGAGACUUUUUGCACCAGGAAGCUGAGACGAGUGGUGCUGAUUCUGGCUUUGGUAGUGUACAUGCCAGGGUGGAAACUAACAUCUGAGACCUAUAUUCCGUGUAGCGUAGUGGCCUCGCAUCGUAAUCGAACACUGGGACUAAAUUGUCAUGCAGUACGAAGUGCCGAGCUGCAGGAUCAGCUGAUUAGCGGUCGCAGCGCACCCCAGGAUCUUAGCACCGGAUGUAUACAGAAUUGGAUGUACGAUGAAUCACUCUAUCAUGUCGACACGAGGACUCAUUCUCGAGCGUCAUGUCACAGAGGUGGAUGUCGUCUGACGAGCAUCGACCCGAGUGGUUAGCAUAUGACAAGCCCCGAAGAGCAUCAUUUCGCCUUGAGCGCGUCCGCUUCAGCCACGCCGGAUACUCACACUGAUCCGUCCG